UUAUUUUAUAUUUUAUUUCAAUAACUCAACUAUUUACUACACUUGAAGGGGAUGAGGUUAUUGUGUGUCAGAGGGAUGAUAACGACCUUGAAGAAUCUACUCUAUUCGAUGGUAUAUUCUGAUUGUUGGUACUCAACAACUUGGACUACUUGGGCGUUGUCAAUAUAACCACGACUAAUCAUCUCUCUUCAUAUUCCAUUAGUCAAAGGUAAUACUUGAGGCAUCGCGCCAAUCAUAUACGCAUGCGUCAUUUACAAGGGGUGGCGUUACCAUCCUCUAAAAAGCAAACCCCUGUGAUAUCACGAUGGCUCGUUUUGGUCUUCCAAAGUUUUGUCAGCCAGUGCCCGCGCGUCUUUCGCGAUUGUUGGACCGCGCAUUUUAUUUAUUGUCAAGUGUUAUUUCAAUGUCACACAAUAAUUUUCAUCUUCGUAUUAUUAAAUAGACCAAAAAAAUUUUAAUAUAAUUGUUAUAAUUAGUAUAGUGUAAAAUUAUAUUUAUAUAUAAAAAAAAAUUGUAUAAAAAUCAAUUAAAAAUGACAGUCGUACAAAAAAAAAAUUGAUUAUUUUAAUAGUGAAUCGUCAAGUGAUUAUAUUUACAAAAUAAAAAAAAAUAUAUAUAGUUGGAAUAAGUUGUUAUAUUUGUUGAGAUGUAAGUGAUUUUUUUUUAAAUGAAUAUCAUUAGGUGUAUUGUAAUGGUAUAUAAAAUUUUUGGUGUUAAAUUGUUCUAUGAAAAAUGUGUAAAACAUUUAUAUAAAUUAUUAUAUAAAUGAAAAAAAAAUAAUAAAAUUUAAAAAUGAUAUACGUGAGGUUACACAGCCAAUUAUAAAAAUUGACAUAUCAAAAUAAAACUGUCAUUUUUUUUUAACAUAUUUAAAUAUUUAAAUGAUGAUGGUAUAUAAAAGUGGGUGUAAUUUUUUUUUUACGUGUUUAUUUUACAUAAAAUGUUUGAAGUGAAAUUUAAAAAUUUCUGUUUACUGUAAAGUGACAGAACUAUUUGACAGUUACAUCCAACUGGGAAUAUAAAUAUUGGAAAUGAAAUUUUUGAUAUUUUGAACAGUUUUGUGAAUACAGUAGUUACAAAGUUAAAAACGUUUAUCGAAAAGUUAUUUAAAGUUGGUAAAUAAAAAAAAAAAAAAAUCUAUUACACUGGUAAGCAAUGAUUUUCAAAAUCCAAUAAGCAUUUCAAGUUAAAGAAGAUGCUCACUGCAAUAAUCACAUUUAAAUGUUGAUAAAAAAAAAAUUCUCAAUGAUUCUCAAAGGAAUACUUUAUAACCAAGAAUCACUGACAUUACAAGAAAAGUUUUUUUAUUAUUAAGAAAUAAAAAAAGAAAAAAAAAAUGACAAUAAAAAAGUUCGAUAUAAUUAUCAGUUGGUAAAAUUAAAAAUAAUAAUAUUAAAAAAAAUUAAAUUACAAAAGAAAUAAGUGAAAUAUAAAGAAUAAAUUUUAUAAAAAAAAAAAAAAAAUAAAACAAUUAAUUUAUUUUUAAUUACAAAUGUGUAUUGUUGUUGUUUUUUUUUUUUUUUUAUUUUAUUAAAGUGUUCAAGUGUUAAAGUGAUUGUAGAAUAUUAUAAAUAAUGAAUUAAAAAAAUAUCAAAUUAAUUGAUGACGACGUAUCAAUAGAUAAGGAGUUGACUUUGUUACUUCAAAGGAUGCACUUGUGGAUACAGACAAAAUGCUGACGAUGACAAUAGUUGACAAGUACUAUUAAGGAUUUCCAGUAAUUUUCACUUUGAAAGCCAAAUGGAAUGCAACAUAAAAGCAGAAAAAAUGUUAACAAUAUUGGGCUACUGUUAAAAUUCUACACUCGUCGAAAAAGCAACAAUGUUUCAUUGACAAAAAAAAAAAAUAAAUAAUUUAACAGAGUCGAAUGAAGUGAACUAAACAAACACACGGAAUUCACUAUGGCACUUUUAUAUGCUGUUAUUGUAAUCCUCGUUACAACAGCAAUGUCAUUGCCACCGGUAAUACGAAUUGGCGCCAUAUUCACUGAGGAUCAGAAGGAUAGUCCAUCAGAGUUGGCAUUCAAGUAUGCUGUUUACAGAAUCAACAAGGAUAAAAGUCUUUUGCCAAAUACUACUCUCGUUUAUGAUAUUCAAUACGUGCCAAAAGACGACUCAUUUAGAACAUCAAAAAAAGCAUGUAAACAGCUUUCAAGAUCAGUACAAGGAAUAUUUGGACCUUCAGAUCCACUUUUAGGUGCUCAUAUUCAAAGUAUAUGUGAAGCCCUUGAUGUACCACAUCUUGAAGCAAGAAUGGACUUUGAAUCAACUUUCAAAGAAUUUAGUAUUAAUCUUUAUCCAUCUCAGGAUCAUAUGAAUAAAGCAUUUAAAGAUCUCAUGUCAUUUCUCAAUUGGACAAGAGUUGCAAUAAUAUAUGAAGAAAAUUUUGGUUUAUUCAAAUUGCAAGAUCUCGUUAAAUCACCACCAACACCAAGAACUGAGUUGUAUAUACGCCAAGCUGGUCCUGGCUCAUACAGACAAGUACUCAAAGAAAUAAGACAAAAAGAAAUUUAUAAACUCAUCGUUGAUACUGAUCCAGCACAUAUGCAAAAAUUUUUUCGAGCAAUCCUUCAAUUGCAAAUGAAUGAUCAUCGAUACCACUACAUGUUCACUACAUUUGAUAUUGAAACAUUUGAUCUUGAAGAUUUUAAAUACAACAGUGUUAACAUGACAGCAUUUCGUCUGGUAGAUCUUGAAGAGCCAAAAGUUGCUGAUGUAUUACGACAAAUGGAACGAUUUCAACCAAUUGGACAUGCAAUAUUAAAUCGUACUGGUGUUAUUCAGGCAGAACCAGCUCUUGUUUAUGACAGUGUACAAGUAUUUGCCCAUGGAUUAGCAUCAUUAGAUCGUAGUCAUACUUUACGACCAGUUAAUUUAUCAUGCGACAAAGAAGAACCAUGGGAUGAUGGACCAUCACUCUACAAUUACAUAAAUGCAGCAGGACUGCAUGGACUAACUGGUCAUAUAGAAUUCAACGAGGGAAAAAGAAAUAACUUUAAAUUGGAUUUAUUAAAGUUGAAAAAAGAAGAAUUAGUAAAAGUUGGUGAAUGGCGACCUGGACAUGGUGUUAAUGUUACUGAUGUUGGUGCAUUUUAUGAAACAAAUUCAAAUAAUAUUACACUUGUUGUUAUGACACGUGAAGAAAGACCCUACGUUAUGGUAAAAGAAGACAAAAAUUUAACUGGCAAUGCAAGGUUUGAAGGUUUUUGUAUUGACUUGUUAAAAUGGAUUGCUGCUCAAGUGGGAUUUCAAUAUGCAAUACGACUUGUACCUGAUCAUAUGUAUGGUGUUUAUGAUCCUGAAACAAAAGAAUAUAAUGGCAUUGUACGUGAAUUAAUGGAAAAGCGUGCAGAUUUAGCUGUUGCAUCAAUGACAAUAAAUUAUGCACGUGAAAGUGUCAUUGAUUUUACAAAACCAUUUAUGAAUCUUGGUAUUGGAAUAUUAUUUAAGGUACCAUCAAGUCAACCAACAAGAUUAUUUUCAUUUAUGAAUCCAUUAGCAGUGGAAAUAUGGCUAUAUGUUUUGGCAGCUUAUAUACUUGUGAGUUUUACAUUAUUCGUAAUGGCUCGUUUUAGUCCAUAUGAAUGGAAUAAUCCUCAUCCAUGUUUAGCCGAAAGUGAUGUUGUUGAAAAUCAAUUUAGUGUCAGUAACAGCUUCUGGUUCAUCACUGGUACAUUUUUAAGACAAGGAAGUGGUUUAAAUCCCAAGGUAUCAAGACGCGCACCCUCCCGACUCUUCUCAUUCAUGAAUCCCUUUGCCGUGGAAAUAUGGCUGUCAAUGCUGGGUGCAUAUGCAAUGGUAUCAUUGACUAUUUGGAUAGUUGCUAGACUAUCACCAUAUGAAUGGGUUGAACCAGCACCUUGUCCAAGCUGCAAGUGUGCUCUACAGGGUGGUCAUGUGAGUGCAUUGGAGCCAGAGAGUGAUGACAUCCCUCUACCAAGAACAAUCAAUGACUUCAGUUUGGCCAACAGCUUUUGGUUUGCAGUUGGUACACUUAUGCAACAAGGCAGUGAUCUCAAUCCCAAGGCAACCAGUACGAGAAUUGUUGGUGGAAUAUGGUGGUUCUUCACAUUGAUUAUAAUAUCAUCAUAUACUGCAAAUCUUGCUGCAUUUUUAACUGUUGAAAGAAUGAUAACACCAAUUGAAAGUGCUGCUGAUUUAGCUGAACAAACUGAAAUAUCAUAUGGUACACUUGAAGGUGGAAGUACCAUGACAUUUUUUAGGGAUUCAAAAAUUGGUAUUUAUCAAAAAAUGUGGCGUUUUAUGGAUGCAAAAAGAUCAUCAGUAUUUGUAUCGACAUAUGAAGAAGGAGUUAAAAGAGUACUGGAAGGUGAUUAUGCAUUUUUGAUGGAAUCUACAAUGCUUGAUUAUGCUGUACAAAGAGAUUGUAAUUUAACGCAAAUUGGUGGAUUACUUGAUAGUAAAGGAUAUGGAAUUGCAACACCAAAAGGCUCACCUUGGAGAGAUAAAAUAUCUCUGGCAAUUCUUGAACUUCAAGAGAAGGGUGUUAUACAAAUUCUUUAUGAUAAAUGGUGGAAAAAUACUGGGGAUGUUUGUAAUAGAGAUGAAAAAAGUAAAGAGAGCAAAGCAAAUGCACUUGGAGUUGAAAAUAUUGGUGGUGUAUUCGUGGUGCUUCUGUGUGGACUUGCAUUUGCAAUUCUCGUAGCAAUACUUGAAUUUUGCUGGAAUUCUAAAAAAAAUGUACAAUCUGAUCGGUCUUUAUGUGCGGAAAUGGCAUCAGAAUUACGUUUUGCAUUACGUUGUGGUUCACGUCAACGACCAGCAAUUAAAAAUCGUAACAAUCAAAAUGUUUGUGUCACAUCAUCAUUGGUAACAUGUCGACAAUGUAGUCCACCAUCAACAGCAUCAGUUGGAAGAUUACGUACACGCUACAGUCAUGAUGAAACAACAUAUUUACCAAGCAUUGAGAUGAAUCAAUUAAACGCAGGAAACUGGUGUCCUACCAAUGACGGAACUGAAGAAAUCAUUGAACUUCGAACAAGUGGGGACAUGCCAUGGCGGGAACACCUAGCACAGGCUACAUCAACACCAGCAUCAUCAGCAAUUACAACAGCAUCAACAACACCAACAACAGCAACAGCAACAUUUACAACAACACCCACCCCCACCCCCAUCAGUAUGCCAUGCCAGUCUAACACACGUUCGUCAUUGUCAUUGUCACUCCCACUUACACAAUCACAAUCACAGUCAUUUACACAAACAUCAACAUCUAUCAUUGAAACAAAAAAAAACCGCACCAGGCAUCAGUCUAGCUCAAGGAGGUGACCACCCUGAAAGCAUAUUAUGGAGAUUCGAUUGCGAUCUUGCGGGUGAACCUGAUGUAAUAUCACCACCACCACCUCCUCCACCUCCACCACCACCACCAUCAUCAUCAU